AUGCAGUCGCCGGCUGCAGCGAUAGCCAAUGGCCGAGGUGCCGAGGUGCACAUGGCCGACGAUGAGCUGGCGCCCAGCCAUGUGAACAACCCUAUACCCCCGGGCUGCGGCCGCCUGGGCCUGCAGCCAGCUGCGCAAAGCCUCUCAAGCAGCCCGGCAUGGCAGCUGCACGUGGGGCGCUGCCAAUUGAUGCAGCGCGCCCCGCCGACAGGCUCCUUCGGGGCCCCACCCCAGGAGUGGGACUCAACCCGCUGCUCCUGCACACCCGAGGCGCGCCCCGCUCUGGCGCCCACAUCCCCCCGGACCCUCGCCGUCCACCCUUGUCCUCACGCCAGGAGUGGCAUGCACCAGUGGAAGAGCUGCUUCCUGGCCCACGAGCGCCUGGCCAUCAUCGACCCGGCAUCGGGCGACCAGCCGCUGUACAACGAGGACAAGUCCAUCGUCGUCGCGGUCAACGGUGAGAUCUACAACUACCAGGCGCUGAAGGCCCAGAUCGUCGCGGCCCACCCCGACAAGAAGUUUCGCACCGAGAGCGACUGCGAGGUGAUCAGCCACCUGUACGAGGACCACGGCGUCAAGGUGGCCUCCAUGCUUGACGGCAUGUUCAGCUUUGUGCUGCUGGACCAGAACACUAACAGCUUCGUGGUGGCGCGGGACCCCAUCGGCAUCACCAGCCUGUACAUUGGCUGGGGCCGCGACGGCGCGACCUGGGUGGCCAGUGAGAUGAAGUGCAUCAAGGACGAGUGCGUCAGGGCGGCCGCGGGGCCGCCGUGCGUGGAACAGCUGGCGCGCUGCCCCUGA